CGGCACCUCCUUAUCAGCUCGGUCUACGUCCUAAUCUUUGUAUACCAUACGCGCCGCAGUCUGCCACUCUACCAUACCAGUUGGCACCAGGAAAGGUUUUUUACCUUGACACUGCAUAUACUGUCUGGUGUCAUCGAGUUGGCCAGGUACUAUCUACGUGCGAUCGAGGGCACUGUCCUGCCGGACAUUGUGGACACAAUUUUGUGUUUAAUCCAUUCCGUGACAACUCUGAGACUUGCCAGGCCAUUAUUGAGGGGCAAUGAAACGACACGGGCGGCUUACCAGGCGCCCGCCAUCAUACGACCCAUACUAGCGGUCAUUGCGGUCGUUGGCAAAGACCCCGGUUUGCAUGGAGCUGUUGUCAAACUACUGCACGCUUUCCUCUAUACCCGGUUGCUCAUCUUUGCAUCUAAACGAAUUAGAUUGACCAAAGUUCAAUCUCAAGCUACCAUAUACGCCCAGUCAGUUUUCCUAGGUGCUGUCUUGGCUAUAGAAUCAUCCGGUCUCCCUGGGGCAGUGGCAGUCUACAUUGGCACGGUUGGUUUGGUAAUGGUCUUGAAUCGAUCCGUAUCCAAUUCUUUAUCUCGGUCAGCAGUCAAAUCCUCCUCACGGUUUUAUCAACUUUUAGUACAAUCCUGGUUAUGGAUUGGACUGACUGAGCUUAGUAGCAUUAAGGCUCAUCAACCUUCAGCGCUUGCGUCCAGUGCGAGCGAUGAGUAUACGGAUGAC